AUGGCUAACUCUCGGCGGCUGUCAGACCCAACUUCUAACGUUGAUUUCACCACCCUCAUCGAGGAGCAGAGUAUAGCUGACCUCAACCCCGGCCAUACCUGCGUCACCAUUCCUGAUGCGCCCAGUCGAGUCUCUGCCGGCGACAACGCGACUUUGCAAAUUAUCUACCGUGCCGACUGGGAUGCGCCGCACAACCAAACUUUCUACGCCUGUGCCGACAUCACCUAUAUAGCGGCCGCAGACUUCACCACCAAGAUUCCGUGCUUCAAUGCCACCGAGCCUGGCGAGGAUGAUAUCGCCGCCACUGCAAGCCCGUCCGCUUCUGCAACCUCGACUUCGUCCCCAUCGACAGAGGGCUCCAAUGGUUCUAGCGGCAAGGGUCUCUCCGGCGGCACCAUUGCCGGCAUCGUCGUUGGUAUUGUCGUCGGGGUAGCACUCCUCCUUGGCGCGGCCUUCUUCCUAUAUCGCCGAAACCAGCGUAAGAACACACGGGCGAGGUUGGCUCGCAUGGAGGACAAUGCGCGCAAGCACGACUGGGUGGGCAGACAUGACUCGACCUCCCAGAACAGCGUGCAACUGGGCAACCUCCCUCAGAAUUAA